CAAAAACUCGUAUGCCGCUGUAUUCAUGAAAAAGCAGAUGGACGCCAUGUUUCUGUAGAAAUUCAUGCGGAUAGGCCAAUAGUGAGCAAAUCAAAAUAAAUUUGAAUUAUAUAUAUGUAAUCGCGAGAAAAGUAAAUUAAUUUUAUAUGUAGAGAGAAUGCAAUUUAUCUCUAGUAUAUUUAUAUAUAUGUAUAUUUGAAAAAAAUUUGCAUAUUUGUAAAUAAAAGUGAAGCAACAAGAGUGGAAUGAGUGCAAGUAUGAAGGAAACAAUGCAUAAUUUGAGUAAUAUCGUGAACAACGAACAUAUUCAUGGAAAUGUAGAGGCAAUUGUUCCUGAGGAGUCACCAGCAAAGCAGAAAUUAAGAAGUUGGCUAAAUCGACAUUUGCGAAUUGAAAUGACUGACGGAAGAGUCUUAAGGGGAGCAUUCUUGUGUACUGAUCGUGAUGCUAAUGUUAUUCUUGGGUCGUGCACUGAAUAUCUAUCUACAGAACAUACAGAAGCAAGAGUUUUAGGUUUGGUAAUGGUGCCUGGUCGACAUAUUGUUUCCAUACAUCUAGAUGUUUAAAGCAGCACUGCUCUUAUAAGUCUUAUAUAAUUAGAUUAGGCACACACACAGAAUAGCAAGACAUUUUAGUUACUUUUAUCAUGAAGGUAAAUCCUAAAUGGAAGAUAUAUGAGAACAAUUAAGCUCUACUACUUUAAAUAUCUUUGAUUUAAUAAAUGCAUCUUUAUCUGAAAAAUAGAUAACAAGAAUUGAGAUAAUCGAAUGUGAGAUCAGUAUUAAAUAUGUACAGUACAUCUCAAUAAAUGAGAGAAAAAUAUUUUAUUAAUACAAUCUACCAUAAUAUGUGA